GCGGCGAGGAGAGCGGGCGCUGGGCUGGCGAUCGGCGCUGGGCUGGCCGGAGGGAACAGCGGCAGCGGCGGCGGCUGGAGCAGCGUCGCGCCGUCGGCGGGCCCGGCCAUGUGCCCCUGCGCCCUGCCCGGCCGCCCCCCGGCCGGCUGUUUCUGCAGCAGCCACGGCGGCGGCGGCGGCGGAGGCGGCGGAGGCAACAGCAGCAGCAGCAGCCCGGGCAGGGCGCGCGUCUCCGGAGCUCAGCUCACCGCGGCGCGCCUCCAGGCGAUCGGCGAUGAGCUGCAGGCGCGGACGGCGGCGCGGCGGGGGGCCAGGAGCCGACGCGCCUCCGCCGGCACCGGCCUGGCUACUUCCUUGGCGCUCCUGGCCGCCCUGGCCUGGCUGAGCCGCAGGGGACGCAUGUAGGGCGGCCGGAGGCGACGGCCCCUCGACGGGCGGCCGAGCGAGUCAGCGGCAUCCGCGGCAGGCUGAAGGAAGAUCUGGGCCCUUGGGAGUGGUCCCAUUCCGGUAGAUUGCAGGCCUUCGAAGAGCCACCGAGGCGAAUGUUCAGCAGCCAAGAAAUCGGAAGAAGGCGCAUGGAAAGCGAUGCCGGGGAAGGUGUCCCAGCGGCCAAGCCAGUCCGUGUGUGUGUGUGAGAGUGAGCACGCUUUUGUACAGAAGAAGACAGGAGAUGGAGAAGACGGAGAAGGCGACCAAGGCAGAAGGCCACUCCACACCGCCAUUGCACGCGUGCGCGUGUGGUGUGCGUGUAUCUUGUGUACAGCGGAGGCCCAAGUGGCACGGGAGUCGCUGGGUUGUGGGGGUGGGUGGGUGGGUGGGUGGGGGAGCCAUUCCUUGCAGUCGUUUCAGCUGCGGGGCGGGGUUUGCCCACCUCGGUCAUUGAGUGGAAGGGGGGGUCCUCCUUGGAUUGGUCUCCAUGGGAGCCAUUCAACCCUUCCUGCCCGGCACCUGCCAAUCACGGGGGUCAGGAUUUUCACAGCCUUGCAGAGAGGCAGUCUAGGGGCUGGUGCGGGGGGCUGUAUUAUAUAUAUCUCUCUCUCUACAUAGGGGUGGGGUGGGGUGUAUAUGUAUAUAGGUCUCUCUCUUGUCCGAAGGUCCAAAGCUGGACCUUUCUUCACUAUUUUUGAUUCGGAGAGCUGAGCAGGGCUGUCGCUCUGUGGUGCUAUUCUCGCUCUUCGAAACCAAACCAAACCAGGGUUUUUUUUUGUUUUUUGUUUUUUUUGCAUUGUCCUAACCACCUUCUUAGCAUCUUAGCUACUGAAGAGGUGGGUCGGCACAGGGGGGGUUGGAGUGGGAUCUCUGGGCAGUUCAGUCCUGCCUGCCUGCCUAGGAGACGUCGCCUUUGCGCAAACGCAGGUAUCCGGCGAAGGCCCUGAAGACAUUCAUCACCCAAUAUAGGUAGUGCUCGACUUACAACCAUUUGGCUUAGUGACAACGGCACUGAAAACGGUGGCUUACGACCGGUUUUCCACACUUACGACCGUUGCAGCAUCCCCCGCGGCCGUGGGAAUCAAAAUUUGGGCACUUGGCAACUGGCAGGUACUGACGAUGGUUGCACUGUCCCCUGGUCGUUUGAUCACCAUUUUGUAAACCUUCCCAGACGGCUUCCGACAAGCAAAGUCAAUUGGGGGAGGGGGAGGGGAGACGGAUUCAUUUAACGACCGCACAAUUCACUUAACAACUGCAGCGAUUUGCUUAAUAAUUGAGGCGACGGGAAGGCCGGCGAAGCUCACUUAACAACUGCCUCGCUUAGCGACGGAAAAUUUGGGCUCAGUUUAUGGCCGUAAGCCGAGGACUAGCUAUAGCAGGCAGUCCUUGGCUUACAGCAGUUCAUUUAGCGACCGUUCAAAGUUAACAACGGCACGGAAAAAAGUGGGUUACGGCCGUUUUCACACUUACGACCAUUGCAGCCUGUGGUCCGGUGAUCCAAAUUCAGACCUUUUGGCAACUAUUUUACGACGGUUGUGGUGUCCACGUGAUCCUCUUUUUGCGACCCCUCCUGACGAGUCAACGGGGGAAGCCCGAUUCGCUUCCCAACCGUGCGCUUCCCAUUUAACAACGGGGGGCGAGUCACUUUAACAAAAGCGGCAAGAAAAGUCGUCCGAUGGGGCGAAGCUCACAAACUCCUCCGACGUAAACUCUUGAGCUCAAUUGUGGUUGUAAGUCGAGUAGCUACGUGUCUUCAAAAUCAGACCAGAAUAAGGUUUUAGCACUAGGUGAUUUUUAGAAAAAAAUAAAAUGAAAUGAUCCUAGCGCUCCAAAGGGCUUCCUAUUCGAACAUGACUGUAGACGAACAGGCAGACCUAGCUAAUAAUACUGACUUCUAAAAAAAACUGAGCUAUCCAGAUAGAAAUUGACGACCAAAAAUAACGUAACACGCUGGUCUUGUGCCUCCCUCUCUUGUGUUUUGCAGCGCCAGAGGAACAAAUAUUUGCUGAUCGUUGCAAAACAAAACAUCCUUUUCAGUUUCAAAUCUGUAGAUAGUCAAAGGGUGGGGUGGGGUGGGGAGAGCUUUUGAAAGCCGUUUCUCCCCCCCCCCUUCGAUGCAUGGGGAAGAUUACGCUGGAACUUGUAACUGUAGACAUAACGGUGUUCGUUCUUUUCACUUUUCAUUAGCGCAAAGCUGAAAAGUGGGGGGGGAAAACCUCUUAGGGGGUUGAAUGUAUCUCUGCCUCGGCCCCCCCGUUGCUGUGUGAGUUGGAUCCUCAUUCGUGAUUAACAGAACUUUUUUUUAAGCAUGCAAAGAACGCCUAGAGGUCAUGUAGUCCACCAUCCCCCUUCUUCAAAUACAGUGCAAAACGCAACUCCAGUUUCACCCAUACAUUUCGGCCAGCCUCCCGCGAUGAGCAAAAUUGCUUGCUUCUAUUUGAAUUCCUGGCACGGGGAGUCAAAAUCCACUUCCUUGCACGCUCCCACCCUUAAAUCCAAUCUUAUAUUACGGAUUCAUUUGUCUUAAGCCUCUGCCUCUCUGGGGGAGGGGGGGGGCUGGCGAUGCUUAAAAUCUGAAGGUUUUUUGGUUUUUUUUUUUUGAGUUUUAACAAAAGAGAAAGGAAGGGGGAGAAAAAAAAAACUAUUAUUGCAUUGAAUGUACCUAAGAAACCUUCUGCAGCAGAUGGGACUCUUAAGAUAGCUUCUAAAAUCCACCUUCACUCUGAGGAACGUUUCCCCAAGGUGCUAUAGCCUUACAUUUUAAAGAUUUUAUUAAAAAAGAAG